CACGAGGAGUUACUGGAAACGGCGCUUCUGUGGAGGAGCCGGGGGGAUGGGGAGUAGGGGGAGGGGGCCCUGUUGCCUCAGCGCCCCGAGGUCGUGGAGCGGCAGCAGCUGCGGCCGGAGCAGCAGCAGCGACAGCAACAGCGAGCGGGACGGAGUUAGGACCGCUCGGAGCGCACAGGUCUCUAGGUAGUAUAAGGUUUGCUAUCCUUCCACUUGCUGGCAGUUGCAGAAGAUGAUCUGCUUUUUAAGUGAAACGUACAUGCCACCCCUCCGAGGGCUGCGGCUUCCCCGGGCUUGCUUUUUUGCCGCUCCUCUUUCCGGCUCUCGCGCUCACUCUUUAAUUGGCACUGGCCCCUAAGUUUGCCGGGAGCUCGCUGCCCGCUUGGAGCAGGGUCCCGGCCAGGAGCCGCGGGCGGGGGCGCGGAGCCCGGGAGCCGCAAUCCAGAAGCGUCGUGGGCCAUGUAUAUUUCGUCAAACGGACUUUGGGUGCGUCGCGUCUCACAGCCAUCAGCGCUAUGUGCAGUGACAUUUCUGACUUGAGUGGAGGAAUGCGCGAAGGAAACCCGGGCGAAAUUGGUACUAGAGGAUCUUCUUGGCGCCAAUGCUAAUUGUCCUGAUUUAUGCCCCUUCUGACUAAGCUCAACGCCUUCAUCUGAAAUAAAAUGAAAGCGGUGCCAAGCCGCAUAGAACCGCCUGGCCGCUGGUUCUGAUCCCCGGGAACCAGAAAAUCGUCCUGCGGCUUGGAAAAAAAAAAAAAAAAAAAAAGAGGAAAAAAAAAAGAAAUAGAAAUAGAAAAAAGAAAAAAUAUCCCUCAGUAAAAGUUUAAGGCGAGAAGUGUCAGAGGCAGCGGCGCGAGGAGGCGCGGAGGAGAGCCGGCGAGCAGGGGACUGGGCUGGCACGACCUCCGAAGGCUGAGAUCUCAUUAUUAAUAUCACUAUAUUUUUGGAGGGAGAGGCACCUUUCUCAUCCUCUCUUCCUCUCCGCCCACCCUUACUCCCUCCCCCUCAUCUACCUGUCAAAGUCACUGAUCUUUUGCAUUUCGGAAGAGGACGUCAACGGGAAGGAAUUCCCCCUCUGGGUGCCGGCUCCGAGAGGGGGCGACGUGCAGGAGGCUCCCCCCGGGGGCGGAGGCGAAGGGUGUUGGUGCCAGAAGAAAAGAAUGAUUGAUGGGAAACAGACACCGGGCUAUAGACACUCAUCCUUUUGCUUCAGAUACUGAUAUCUCAGUCUGCCUGAGCAUCCCUUGUGAGCUGUGAACAUUGAGGAUCACUCAGGGUUAUCGGAUGUACAACGGGAGAGCCAUCACUUUGCUAAAUUAUUAUCUGCAGUUGGACAUCUUUUACAAAAACCAAACUAGACCUGAGUCUAAUAGAUAUGUUCCAAGACAAAGAAAAAGCUGCAAGUUGUUAACGCCUAACACACAAGUAUGUUAGGCUUCCACCAAAGUCCUCAAUAUACCUGCAUACGCACAAUAUCUUAACUCUUCAUAUUUGGUUUUGGGAUCUGCUUUGAAGUCCCAUCCUCAUUUAAAAAAAAAAUACACAGACCUACCUACCCAUAUACAUACAUAUAUAUGUGUAUAUAUAUGUAAAAUAGACAAAGAUCGCAGAUCAUAAAGCAAGCUCUGCUUUAGUUUCCAAGAAGAUUACAAAGAAUUUAGAGAUGUAUUUGUCAAGAUUCCUGUCGAUUCAUGCCCUUUGGGUUACAGUGUCCUCAGUGAUGCAGCCCUACCCUUUGGUUUGGGGACAUUAUGAUCUGUGUAAGACUCAGAUUUACACGGAAGAAGGGAAAGUUUGGGAUUACAUGGCCUGCCAGCCGGAAUCCACGGACAUGACAAAAUAUCUGAAAGUGAAACUCGAUCCUCCGGAUAUUACCUGUGGAGACCCUCCUGAGACGUUCUGUGCAAUGGGCAAUCCCUACAUGUGCAAUAAUGAGUGUGAUGCGAGUACCCCUGAGCUGGCACACCCCCCUGAGCUGAUGUUUGAUUUUGAAGGAAGACAUCCCUCCACAUUUUGGCAGUCUGCCACUUGGAAGGAGUAUCCCAAGCCUCUCCAGGUUAACAUCACUCUGUCUUGGAGCAAAACCAUUGAGCUAACAGACAACAUAGUUAUUACCUUUGAAUCGGGGCGUCCAGACCAAAUGAUCCUGGAGAAGUCUCUCGAUUAUGGACGAACAUGGCAGCCCUAUCAGUAUUAUGCCACAGACUGCUUAGAUGCUUUUCACAUGGAUCCUAAAUCCGUGAAGGAUUUAUCACAGCAUACGGUCUUAGAAAUCAUUUGCACAGAAGAGUACUCAACAGGGUAUACAACAAAUAGCAAAAUAAUCCACUUUGAAAUCAAAGACAGGUUCGCGUUUUUUGCUGGACCUCGCCUACGCAAUAUGGCUUCCCUCUACGGACAGCUGGAUACAACCAAGAAACUCAGAGAUUUCUUUACAGUCACAGACCUGAGGAUAAGGCUGUUAAGACCAGCCGUUGGGGAAAUAUUUGUAGAUGAGCUACACUUGGCACGCUACUUUUACGCGAUCUCAGACAUAAAGGUGCGAGGAAGGUGCAAGUGUAAUCUCCAUGCCACUGUGUGUGUGUAUGACAACAGCAAAUUGACAUGCGAAUGUGAGCACAACACUACAGGUCCAGACUGUGGGAAAUGCAAGAAGAAUUAUCAGGGCCGACCUUGGAGUCCAGGCUCCUAUCUCCCCAUCCCCAAAGGCACUGCAAAUACCUGUAUCCCCAGUAUUUCCAGUAUUGGUAAUUGUGAAUGCUUCGGCCACUCCAAUCGAUGCAGUUAUAUCGAUCUGCUAAAUACAGUCAUUUGCGUGAGCUGUAAACACAACACUAGAGGGCAGCACUGUGAGUUAUGCAGGCUGGGCUACUUCAGAAAUGCUUCUGCACAACUGGACGAUGAGAAUGUGUGCAUAGAGUGUUAUUGUAACCCUUUGGGCUCAAUCCAUGAUCGUUGUAAUGGCUCAGGAUUUUGUGAGUGUAAGACUGGAACAACAGGGCCUAAGUGUGAUGAGUGUCUGCCGGGAAAUUCCUGGCACUACGGCUGUCAACCGAAUGUCUGCGACAACGAGCUCCUGCACUGCCAGAACGGAGGGACGUGCCACAACAACGUGCGCUGCCUGUGCCCGGCCGCAUACACGGGCAUCCUCUGCGAGAAGCUGCGGUGCGAGGAGGCUGGCAGCUGCGGCUCCGACUCUGGCCAGUGCGCGCCCCCGCACGGCUCCCCAGCGCUGCUGCUGCUGACCACGCUGCUGGGAAUCGCCAGCCCCCUGGUGUUCUAGGUGUCACCUCCAGCCACACCGGACGGGCCUGUGCCGUGGGGAAGCAGACACAACCCAAACAUUUGCUACUAACAUAGGAAACACACACAUACAGACACCCCCACUCAGACAGUGUACAAACUAAGAAGGCCUAACUGAACUAAGCCAUAUUUAUCACCCGUGGACAGCACAUCCGAGUCAAGACUGUUAAUUUCUGACUCCAGAGGAGUUGGCAGCUGUUGAUAUUAUCACUGCAAAUCACAUUGCCAGCUGCAGAGCAUAUUGUGGAUUGGAAAGGCUGCGACAGCCCCCCAAACAGGAAAGACAAAAAACAAACAAAUCAACCGACCUAAAAACAUUGGCUACUCUAGCGUGGUGCGCCCUAGUACGACUCCGCCCAGUGUGUGGACCAACCAAAUAGCAUUCUUUGCUGUCAGGCGCAUUGUGGGCAUAAGGAAAUCUGUUACAAGCUGCCAUAUUGGCCUGCUUCCGUCCCAGAAUCCCUUCCAACCUGUGCUUUAGUGAACGUUGCUCUGUAACCCUUGUUGGUUGAAAGAUUUCUUUGUCCGAUGUUAGUGAUGCACAUGUGUAACAGCCCCCUCCAAAAGCGCAAGCCAGUCAUACCCCUGUAUAUCUUAGCAGCACUGAGUCCAGUGCGAGCACACACCCACUAUACAAGAGUGGCUAUAGGAAAAAAGAAAGUGUAUCUAUCCUUUUGUAUUCAAAUGAAGUUAUUUUUCUUGAACUACUGUAAUAUGUAGAUUUUUUGUAUUAUUGCCAAUUUGUGUUACCAGACAAUCUGUUAAUGUAUCUAAUUCGAAUCAGCAAAGACUGACAUUUUAUUUUGUCCUCUUUCGUUCUGUUUUGUUUCAUUGUGCAGAGAUUUCUCUGUAAGGGCAACGAACGUGCUGGCAUCAAAGAAUAUCAGUUUACAUAUAUAACAAGUGUAAUAAGAUUCCACCAAAGGACAUUCUAAAUGUUUUCUUGUUGCUUUAACACUGGAAGAUUUAAAGAAUAAAAAUUCCUGCAUAAACGAUUUCAGGAAUUUGUAUUGCAAUUUCUUAAGAUGAAAGGAACAGCCACCAAGCAGUUUCACACUCACUUUACUGAUUUCUGUGUGGACUGAAUACAUUCAGCUGACGAAUUUAGUACCCAGGAAGAUGGAUUGAUGUUCACUAGCUUGGACAACUUCUGCAAAAUAUGAGACUAUUUCCACUUGGGAAAAAUUACAACAGAAAAAAAAAAAUCUAAGUGAUUGCCAAGAUUAUGCCAAAGCCUGUUGGCAGAGUACUGAGACUUUUAUUUUUAAGUCAUGCUAUUUUCACAGAUUGAUGGUGAUCAUGUGACUCUAGGGAUGCUGAUCUAUGUAUCUUUCCAAAUACAGUGUUUACAUGGAGUAUCACAAGACGCAACCUGGGGAACCAGGAAAGGAGCAGGGAAAUUGAGUGAUUUGCAAUUUGACUUCGAAUAUAUUCAGACUUAAGUAUUUAGAGGAAAUAUCAAAAUAUAAAGCAGCAAGUAGACAUAACUGCUGUUCCUGAGAAUAAAGUUUGUUUUAAGUACUGC